CUUGGAAUCUGUCCUUCCCUCCCAACGCCAGGUUAAAAACCUCAGCAGCACGUGCUGUUUGCAAAACUGCCUGCCACCGACCAGAGAUCUCACUCACGAGGGGAGCCAGCAUGUCGACUGUGGUCCUGGAGAACGGAAGCCCUGGCAGGAAACUCUCUGAGGGACAGGAAACAAGCUAUAUUGAAGACAACUCCAAUCAAAAUGGUGCCAUAUCACUGAUCUUCUCACUCAAAGAAGAAGUUGGUGCCCUGGCCAAAGUCUUGCGCUUAUUUGAGGAGAAUGAUAUAAACCUGACCCACAUUGAAUCCAGACCUUCACGCCUAAAGAAAGAUGAAUAUGAAUUUUUUACCUAUCUGGAUAAACAUAGCAUUCCUGUCCUGGCAAACAUCAUCAAGAUUUUGAGGUAUGACAUCGGUGCCACUGUCCAUGAGCUUUCUCGGGAUAAGACAAAAGACACAGUGCCCUGGUUCCCAAGAACCAUCCAAGAGCUUGACAGAUUUGCCAAUCAGAUUCUCAGCUAUGGAGCAGAACUGGAUGCAGACCAUCCUGGUUUUAAAGAUCCUGUGUAUCGAGCAAGACGGAAACAGUUUGCUGACAUUGCCUACAACUACAGACAUGGUCAGCCCAUCCCUCAAGUGCAAUACACGGAAGAAGAAAAGAAAACAUGGGGGACGGUAUUCAGGACCCUGAAGUCCUUGUAUAAAACCCAUGCUUGCUAUGAGCACAAUCACAUCUUCCCACUUCUGGAAAAGUACUGUGGCUUCCGUGAAGAUAACAUUCCACAGCUGGAAGAGGUUUCUCAAUUUCUUCAGAGUUGCACUGGAUUCCGCCUCCGACCUGUGGCUGGCCUGCUUUCCUCCCGGGAUUUCUUGGGUGGCCUGGCCUUCCGAGUCUUCCACUGCACUCAGUACAUCAGACAUGGGUCCAAACCCAUGUAUACACCUGAACCUGACAUCUGCCAUGAACUGUUGGGACACGUACCCUUGUUUUCAGAUCGCAGCUUUGCUCAGUUUUCCCAGGAAAUUGGCCUUGCCUCUCUGGGUGCCCCUGAUGAGUACAUUGAGAAACUCGCCACAAUUUACUGGUUUACUGUGGAGUUUGGCCUCUGCAAACAAGGAGACUCCAUAAAGGCCUAUGGUGCUGGGCUCCUGUCAUCUUUUGGUGAAUUACAGUACUGUUUGUCUGGCAAGCCAAAACUCCUCCCCCUGGAGUUGGAGAAGACAGCCACCCAGGAGUACACUGUCACAGAGUUCCAGCCCCUCUAUUAUGUGGCUGAGAGUUUUAAUGAUGCAAAGGAGAAAGUGAGGAACUUUGCUGCUACAAUCCCACGGCCCUUCUCAGUUCGUUAUGACCCAUACACUCAAAGGAUUGAGGUCUUGGACAAUACGGAGCAGCUUAAGAUUUUGGCCGACUCCAUCAACAGUGAAGUUGGAAUCCUUUGUAGUGCCCUCCAGAAAAUAAAGUGAAACCAUGGACAAAACCUGUCAACUGAGAAUCUGUUGAUAGAAAUCUGUUGAUGGAAAUUUCAUUUCAUCUGAAAAAGUUUGAAAAGUAAACCUUAAUUUGAAUUGACAGCCUUAAAUCUUUUUUGGAACAAGAUGGAGGAUGAACAAAUAAAUCAAAAUAACUUGAAAUGACAGCAUAUUAAUGCAUAUCCAAAAGCAUAAUCUUCUGGGGUCAUCUUUGAUUUAGAGAUGAUAAUCCCAUAUUCUCAAUUCAGUUAAAGUCAAUAAUCUGUCACCUUUCAUCAACAUUAAUUAAAAUUGGGAACUGAUUUACUCAAGCUUCAUAUAUGCUUUUGUUAUUGGCCAUAGAGAAUUCCUAAAGGAAUACAUAUCACUCAAUAUAAAACACAAGCCUCUUAUUAGAAUUGAAUUUGUUGAUUUAAUAUAAAUUUAACUUACAAAAGUCAUUUUCUGUUUCAGUAAACUAUAAUUCUAAUUAUUGUUGUGUUUUACUCAUGUAAUUUCCUUUAAUUCAAGAGCUCAUUAAAAUAGUUAUAAAUAUUGAAGUUCAUAACAUAA